GUUGCAUGGACGACGAUGCCUCGAGUGGCGGCUAUAAAUGCAAGCUCAAAUGAUCACCUUCUUCCUCGGGAGAGCGCACACCAACUCGACGUGUCUUGUGGUCUUCCGCAGCUCUCUCUCUCACACUCGCUCUCCUCUCUUUCUCCGAGCUCUGCUCAGCCGCAUCUAACGCCGAUUGAGAUGGAAGGAUGCAACAAGUUCUUCCAGAAGUGCAAGCCCUACGUGGCCAUGAUCUCGCUGCAGUUCGGCUACGCCGGCAUGAACAUCAUCACCAAGGUCUCCCUCAACCACGGCAUGAGCCACUACGUGCUCGUCGUGUACCGUCACGCCUUCGCCACCCUCUCCAUCGCCCCCUUCGCCCUCAUCCUCGAGAGGAAGGUGCGACCCAAGAUGACAUUCUCCAUCUUCAUGCAGAUAUUUGCCCUCGGCCUCCUCGGGCCGGUGAUAGACCAAAACUUCUACUAUGCUGGGUUGAAGUUCACGUCACCCACUUUCUCCUGCGCCAUGAGCAACAUGUUGCCUGCAAUGACCUUCGUGUUAGCCGUCAUUUGCAGGAUGGAGAAGGUGCACCUGAAGAAGGUGAGAUGCCAAGCCAAGGUGGUGGGAACUCUCGUGACGGUAGCUGGAGCCAUGUUGAUGACCCUGUACAAGGGACCUAUCAUGGACAUGGCCUGGACCAAGCACGCGCAACUGCAACACGCGAACGUGCCGGCGGCCGCCGACUCGACCGACAAGGACUGGCUCAAAGGCUGCAUCUUCCUCAUCAUCGCGACUCUGGCUUGGGCUUCUCUUUUCAUUCUUCAGGCAGCAACCUUAAAGACGUAUGAUGCUCCCCUCUCCCUCACCUCAUUGAUAUGCUUUAUGGGUACUCUGCAAGCCACUGCUGUGACCUUGUUCAUGGAGCACAAGCCUUCUGUUUGGAGAAUUGGCUUCGACAUGAACCUCCUCGCCGCCGCUUACGCUGGGAUCGUGACAUCCAGCAUUGCCUACUACGUCCAGGGUCUGGUGAUACAGGACAAAGGCCCAGUUUUUGCCUCUGCCUUCAGCCCUCUGAUGAUGAUCAUAGUAGCAAUUAUGGGCUCCUUUAUCCUUGCUGAGAAGAUCUACUUGGGAGGAGUUGUCGGAGCUGCCCUUAUAGUCGCCGGCCUCUACUCUGUUCUCUGGGGCAAGCACAAGGAGAAUAAGGAGAAGGAGAUGGAAGCCUUGGACAUACCAGUAGCAGUGAAGACCAUCAUUGAACUGGAUGAAGUUGAGCUGGAGAAGGCAAAAGCCAACACCUUGAUGAUCUCCCCCCUUGACAAGGCUGCUGUAGCAGUUAGUCCAAUACCAGAGAACUCCAUGAAGGCACAGAAGGAGGAGCUACAAGCUAGUUUGUUUCUGGGACUUGGAGGAGAGAGAAACAGAGAGGAGGAGAUCAGUAGGUACAGGGGCUAAGGAGGAGUGUUUUGUUUGUCUUUCACCUUCAUGAAGCUUCCUUCUUCUUUUCUAUCCCUGCCCUUCUACUGUUCUUCUUUUGAUGGUGUAGUUGACACUCCAUGCAAACUGUAGUUUGCAAGUUGGAAGAAAUGACAAUUAUAAACGCUCAUAAACUCA